ACUAUACAGGUUAUAGAGAUUUGAUGUGCACAUGUGUGGUUGAAAAUCGUUGCACAACGAAAUAGUUCAAGAUGUAUACGGAAUACCUUAAAUAGAACAGCACGUGGACAGAACACCUUAGUUGUUUGGAGUUGCACAACGAAAUAGUCAAACACGUGUACGGAAUACCUUAGUUGUUUUGUUUAACACGUGUAUGGAAUACCUUAGUUGUUUGGAGUUGCACAACGAAAUAGUCAAACACGUGUACGGAAUACCUUAGUUGUUUUGUUUAACACGUGUACGGAAUACCUUAGUUGUUUUGAGUUGUACAACGAAAUAGAUCAACACGUGUACGGAAUAAAUUUAAGUUAGUUGUUUGGAGUUGCACAACAAAAUAGUUAAAUACGUGUAUGGAAUAGCUGAAAUGUUUGGAGUUGCAUAAAAAAUAGUUUAACACGUUCACGGAAUACCUUAGUUGUUUGGAGUGCAUGUACAUAGUGCAUUACGCGUACAGACUGUGACAGCUUAACAUUGAAGUUGUCUGACGUUUUUAACUCCUUAAUUUGUUAAAGACAAAAACGACUAUCAGUGAACUAUGAUUAUACUAUAGUAGGGAAGUUUGGGUUCAAUUUGGACUUGAAACGGUAUGAUUAACAACGUUGCAAAUCUUUUUAGCUGAACAAAAUGAAUUUCAGACAGGAUAAAUAUCUUACAUGAAACAAUUCUCAGAGGUUUUACAGACGAUAAACAGAUAUUGAGAUGGUUAUUCAAUACGCUUAUACAUCAAAUCUUAUCCUGAAGUGGACCAUCAAUCAAAAACACUAUAUACGAGCAUCCGGGUUGUAAUUAAACGCCUGUCCAUUUUAUCUUAGCCUUAAACUGACUGAAUGUUGUACGAUAACGCACUGCUAAUAUAGUGCAAUCUUAAGUGGAUAUGGAAAUUAAAUUGAAACAUUUUCCCGUUGUCGAUCACUGAAAUUCAUGAGAGCUGAUACUGGGAGUCAUUGGAAUGUAUGUAACAUGUUUAGAAACAAACGCAAUUUUAAAGCUUUUGCUUUUAUUCUUAUAACGUGUGUGAUAUAUUUGUGCAUAAAAAGAAUGCUAUACAACACUUAUUCGCCGGUUUUGUUCAAUUCUUGCAACAUCACGGCUUUAGAUCCAUGGGACGAAUCGCUAAGGCCAUUUUUGAAAAAGCCGUUACGUCUUCCAUGUGAAGAAAAAUACGAGUUAUUUUACUUCCGCUCUGACGGACAGCUGUAUAUGAACACGUCAGUUGCGGACAAACACGGUCUCGAACUUUCAACCCAGGAGUGUUGGUUUCAAGUCAUUCGGAGAAUGGAUGGGGACUUACUCUUAAAGAUGUUGCCACGGCAACAAUUGCAACUUCCGAUGGAGAUUCGCGGCCAUAUCUUCCGUGUCACGUGCAAUGAAUGUGGGAACAAUAUUACACUAUAUGAUAUGGCACAUUUUAACCCUUUCUUCAACGAAUAUGCAAAACGCGACUCCAAAAUAGAAGCUGAAAGUGCCAGAAAGCCAAGCAUUAUUAUAUUUGGGUUAGAUUCAGUGUCAAGGUCACAUGCAAUUAGAAACUUACAAAAGUCAUACGCGUAUUUGCGUGAAAAACUCCAAAGUGAUGAUUUGGAAGGGUUCAGGAAAGUUGGUGAAAAUACAUUUCCUAACAUUGUCCCUCUGUUGACAGGAAAGAGUCAAUCGUGGUUCCCACACAUUUUUCACCUCCGUAUGCAUACAGACUCUAUGCCUCUCCUGUGGAACGAGUCACCAGCGGCAACUAUGGCGACAUUCUUUGCUGAGGACAGACCGGAUAUAUCUACCUUUAACUUCAUGAAAAGCGGAUUCAAGAAAAUUCCGACUGAUUUUUAUUUUCGUCCGUACACAUUGGCCAUGAAUGAAUUCGAACCGGUUUUUGGCAAAAAAUUGGGAAAACCUACGUGGGAUUGCUAUGGAAACAGAAACCAUUUCGAAAUUGAAAUUGAUUAUCUGAAAAGCUUUUUACAGAAAUACAACAAGAAACGCAAAUUCGCCUUCUUCUGGUCAAAUCAAGUCGGACACGAACAUUUUACAUCCGUUAGUAGAGGUGAUGAACCGUUUCUAGAUUUUCUAAGGUGGAUGGUGUCUGAAACGGAUAUGAGAAACACCAUAUUUAUAGUGCUCAGUGACCACGGCUUUCGUUUGGGUGGUGCCUCAUUGACACACAUCGGACGCGCUGAAAACAACAACCCUUGGUUAAUGAUUCACGUUCCAGAAAGUGUUACUAAAACAUAUCCCAAACUUCGGACUCAUCUUAAAGAAAAUUCGAAACACCUCGUUACGCAUUAUGACAUUCAUCAGACGGUUUUAGACGCGAUGCACGGGCGUGGUUUUGAGGACAAGACGUUAGUGCCAACAAAACAAUACGUCGUGCCACGGAACGUCUUUCAUCCUAUACCGGACGAUCGCACAUGCCUGGAUGCUGGAGUGGAUGAAAUAUUUUGCACGUGUGUAGAUACAGAACCAUUAGACGUCCACUCCUCUUUAGUGCAAUCACUAGCCAAUUUUAUUAUCAAGCAUAUAAAUAAGAUCAUCUACAAUCCAUCAAACACUUGUUCAAGAAUCAUGCUUUUAAACAUAACCGAAGCGAAAGUUGAAUAUUCGAAGAAAGAUUUACAAAACUUGCAUAAUUAUGUAUUUAAAAAUAGUUCAGAAGAAUUCACACGGUCCUUAGACCAAGAUACGGGACGGUAUACAAUAUUUAUAAACACUUUCCCUGGAUCGGGAUUCUUUCAGGGAACGGUGGAUUUUAUGUCAAUUGGAAAAGCCGCAAGCCUGGAAGACCAAAUGACUGUGGUUGGCGAACCAAUUCGUCUAAGCAGAUACGGUAACCAAUCCCAUUGUGUUGACGAUGUGAAACUGAAAACCUUAUGUUACUGUACGGAUUUGUUAUAACUAUUACUGGAAUAAAAUAUAGCUCAAUCUA